AUGGACGGUGCUCGCAUGCACGCUCAACUCGUGUCAUCGCAUGUAAGGAAAGAUGAGAAAAAGGGAGCCACUGACAAUGGUCCAGAAAAAGACGAACGAAUAAACGUGGACGAACCGCUCUGGGAUCAGGAAUCAUACAUCGGUCGCUGGAAACAUUUUGCCUUUAUAACGGAUUGUCGAACGAUAUUUUACAACGAAGAGAGGCUGUGCGAAGCCAAGAAGCUUUGCGAGGAUUACAAGGCUGGAAAGGAACCGACCGGGACGACGAAGAAAGACGUAAUCUGGGCUAAAAAAUUAAGGGACAGUGCGUUUCACCCUGACAAUGGCCAGCUGACGAACGUCAUCGGGAGGAUGUCGUUUCAGUUACCAGGUUGUUUGUUCCUCACGGCUGGGAUGCUGGCUUACUACAAGUACGCACGUAGAAUUUAUUAUAAUUUCAACUACACACCCAGUUCAGGACAAGUGAGGAAGGAAAGAAUUUCUGCCGUUAGAACGGCGAGAGGAAUCGUCGGAUGGCAGGUGAUAAAUCAGGGCUUCAACGCGAUCGUCAAUUAUUCGAACAGAAAUGCUCGGGACGAAGAUCAGACCGAUGAAAACGGAAUAGCAACAGCUUUUCUUGUAGCUACAGCCGCUGGCAGCGUUGCUGCCCUCACCUUCCGGAAGAUGAUGUCUUAUCGAGGGGAUCUGAUGAAACGUUGGACUCCGUUCGUUGCAGUCGCAGCAGCAAAUAUGGUCAACCUUCCGAUAAUGAGGCAGAAUGAAAUUAAACAUGGGAUCGAGGUUGGCCCGAAGGAAAGCGAGAAGUCGAUAAUGAAGUCGAAAUUAGCCGCUCUCAAGGGCAUCUCGGAGUGCGUUGUCACAAGGAUCGUAAUGGCGGCCCCAGGGAUGAUGCUGGUCCCGGUAAUCGUGAACAUCCUGAAGCCCUAUUGCUUCUAUCAAAUGCGACCUAGGCUGGAAGUUCCGCUGCAGACGGCUCUCUGUGGCCUCUUUCUCAGUUUCAUGAUUCCUACUGCCUUGGCGAUCUACCCUCAACGAAACUCGAUGCACGUUUGGAUGAUGAAAUUGUGCGACGAGGAAUACGACAAGUAUCAAGAAUUGACGGGAGGAACUCCAAACAGAGUUUAUUAUAACAAGGGAUUAUGA